UGUCUAAGGGUCUGCGCCUGCGUGGAGUAGAGAUCCGAAAGGCAAAAUAUUUGAGGUUGUGGUGAGCCACGUUCGAAUGGUGAGUCCGCACGAUUUAUCAGUUGGAUUAGAGCGCGAUCACGAGCUGACAAGGAGGGAUAUUUGGCAAGGGCGCCCCCCACAGAUUCCAGUUCAGAGCUCGUGCGCUCGACAUUGAGCGGCCUUUGAUUAUGAUUGCCCUUGUGCCUGGCCGAACGACAGCUCAUGGGAACUUGGGGAUCCAGCGGCGCAGACUCUUCUCCGUGAGCAACGUCGCCUUGCUUCCGAUGGCGUCCGAGUGCGUCAGUAUUUUGAAUGAUCAUGCGAUAAAGUAUAUGACAGGUGCCCCGUUUCGCCACAGGGUUCGACUCAUCCUAAUAUCGUCGUGUCCCUUCGAAGACGACACGACGAGGAGCGAGCAAGGGCAGCUUGUGAGAAAAGUCAGGAGAGUGCAGAAUGCCACCAAAGGUGGUCGCACCACGCGCAAGGGCUUGGCACUUUUUGGAUGGCUACCUGAUAUAUGGGUUGCACUUUUCAGGGCCAGCAGGCGCAGUGCCUUGCACAAGCACUACAGUGGAUGCGCCAGCAAGGGCGGCCGCAGUCUGCCAGCUUACUAUAUUCUUGCUUGCGUCUUGCGGGGUAUGGAACGUCUGGGUUCCGUCGCUAUCAGCCGACUCUGACCCUGUGCCUGAAAAGCACAUACGUUAUAUAUGUAGAGUCCUUUCAUUUGGAAAAUAAUUGGCUAUUUCGG